AUGAAAGAAGCUGGGGACUUCGGAAGAUCCCAUGUCUCGCAUCCAUGGAACCCUAUGAGCUCUAGUGCUCUGAUGAACAAGAGCGACCACGAGGAAGAGGAGGUUUUGUGCACAGACAGAAAGAGACGCCGGAAAUACAAAGAUUCGAGUGUCGAUUUCCAUGUUCUGCACACCGAUUUGAACCUCGCGAUGCUUCUCAAGGGUAAUCUCGCUAGAAUAUCCGUCAAAAUUUCGUCUAAGAGCUGUGUUUUUGUAUCCAUUGCCAUCGGAAAAGCUCCAAGGAUUAGUGAUGAUGUUUUUGAUUUUUGUUAA